AUGGAGCGAAACAUCAUCGUCCUCCUAUCCCUUCUUCUCUGCCUCCUCUCGUGCCAUGUAUCCGCAGCCGGCGCCACCGCCAAGCGGCGGCUCUCGUCGCCGCUGUCGCGUCCCCAUCGUGUGAUCACGGCGGAGGCGGCGCCGGCCACGACGGUGCCGGCGAUGGUGCAGUAUGAAACGCGGUACCACACACAGCGGCUGGACCACUUCAACGCGGCGCCGGCGAGCUACCGCACGUUCCCGCAGCGCUACCUGGUGAACGGCACGUACUGGGGCGGCAAGACGGCGCCGGUGUUCGUGUAUGCCGGUAACGAAGGCAACAUCGAGCUCUUCACCAACAACACCGGCUUCAUGUGGGAGCUCGCGCCUCGCUUCCGCGCCAUGCUCGUCUUCAUCGAGCAUCGAUACUACGGGCGAUCGGUACCGUUCGGGAGCGAGGAGGCAGCAUUCAGGAACACGAGCACGGCGGGGUACCUGACGACGACGCAGGCUGUCGCCGACUUCGCCACGCUCGUCCAAAGCCUCAAGGCCAACCUCAGCGCACCGACCGCCCCCGUCGUCGUCUUUGGCGGCUCCUACGGCGGCAUGCUGGCAGCGUGGAUGAGGAUGAAGUACCCGCACGUGGUCAUUGGCGCCGUCGCGUCGUCGGCACCAAUCCUCAGCUUCUACGGCAUGGCCGACCCCUACGCCUUCUACGACAUCAUCUCCAACGAUUUUAAGAGCGAGAGCAAGAAUUGCCACGACGUACUCAUGAACUCGUGGAAGGAGCUGGACAAGGCGCUGUCCAAUGACGCCGGCCGGGCGCAGCUCAACAGUACGUUCAAAAUGUGCCGAGGUAGUACAGUGGAGGCGAUACCGGACUUGCUCGACACCGCCAUCGUCUACUCCGCCAUGACGGACUACCCGACGGAGUCCGGCUUCCUCACCCACCUCCCGGCCUAUCCCGUCAAAGAGAUGUGCCGCGCGAUCGACAACCCGAAGUCGGGCAAGGACACCUUCUCGAGGGUCAACGACGCCUUGAUGGUCUACUACAACUACACCGGCAACACGCACUGCCUCGGCGACGCCACCGAGCAUGACCCUUACGGCAUGUUCGACGGCUGGGACUUUCAGGCGUGCACGGAGAUGAUCCUCAUGAGCUACGGCGUCCGCAACGGCAGCGUUCUGCCGCCGGAGCCCUUCAACUUCACCAAGCUCCUCGACGGCUGCCGCGCCUCCACCGGCCUGCCGCCGCGGCCAUACUGGAUCCCCACAGAGUUCGGAGGAUUCGAUAUUGCAAAUGUUUUGAAGAGAUCAGCUAGCAACAUCAUCUUCUUCAACGGGCUCCGAGAUCCAUGGAGCAGUGGCGGCGUACUGAAGGACAUCUCAAGAAGCAUCGUUGCACUGGUUGAGCCAAAAGGUUCACACCACGUAGACUUGAGAUUCUCCAGCAAGGACGACCCUGAUUGGCUUAAGCAGGUGCGGGAAAAGGAGACGAGAAUCAUAGGGCAUUGGCUCAAUCAAUACUACAAAGAUGAAGCCAUAAAGUCCUAGGUGUAUAUGCAUGCUUUGUGUAGGAAGGGAAUUUAUGUUGUGUUCUCCCCUUUUUGUUCAUUCUAUUUGUUUUAGGUUAUUAUUAAGAACACAAAGCAAUAACAGAUUUAGAUCAGCUCUCCAAGCACAUAUACCCCAGCUUAUAUUGGAAUAACAAGAGGAACUUACAAGUUGGUCACAAUUCUGUGUAUGCGUAUGUCCCAUGUGAUGAGCUACACACCAAAGAGAUUGAAGUUCCGGUAAGGUCUCUUUAAAAAUAUGAUAUGAAUUUUUUAUGACAUGCUGGAGAACCAAUUUGUGGUUGAUGAUUAGGAGGCAGUAGUACCCUCGACCGACCCACCAGGGAUCAAACUCCAGGUUUGACGCUUUAGUGUCUUAUAAAGGCGGGACAUUCUUUCAGUCGGAACCGGCGUUUCCGUUGAUAGCGAUGUGUCUGUCAUAACUUUAUCAAUCUUAGGACUCGCCGGCUCGGUUUUUCUGAGGUGCUCAUAAGGAUAGGUGUGCGUUCAACGAGAUGAGUUUAAUUCCACCUAUUUUCAAUUGAGCUUUUAUUUGAACAUAUGCUAGCACCGCGGCUCAUUGUUAUGUGAUGCAGGCGAGCCAGAGUAGACUUAGAAGUUUAUGGCUAAACUACUUCCGUCCCUUCCUUGGUGAUGUACUUUAGCAUGAUUGCAAUCCUAUGGUUUAAUCAAUAAAGCCCUUUGAGUCGCAAAAAAAAAAGAUAAGGUGUGGGUACAUGCAUUCAUAGAGGUGCGUAUAUAUAUACUUGUUACUGAAU